AUGAACGUCCAGGCCCUACACAACUGUUUCCUGGGGACCCUGCAGGCCGAUCAGGGUGUCCGACAACAUGCUGAGGAACAGCUUAAGCAGGCCGAGUCCAUAGUUGGGUUUCUAGGCGCGUGUCUGGACAUUCUGGGCUCAGACGACGUUGAACCCGUUGUCAAACAGGCAUGUUCUAUCUACUUCAAGAAUAAAAUGAUCAGGAGCUGGUCGAGCUCAGAGGGAGAAAUCGACGAGGGGGAAAAGCCCGGCAUCCGAGACAGAAUUAUUCCCACGAUCCUCAAGCUGGAGAGGACGUUGCGGAACCAGUUCAUUCCAGUCUUGAGUGUCAUGAUCUCAUACGAUUAUCCUCAGAAUUGGCCUACUUUCCUAGAUAACACCAAAGCGCUCUUUCUCAACACCUCAGAUAUUCAAGCCAUGUACACAGGAGUGCUCUGUUUUUCCGAAUUGACUAGAAACUAUAGAUGGAGGACAAAUGGCAAUCGUCAUUUGGAACUAGACCCUAUAAUCAGAGACAACUUUCCAAGUUUGUUGCAAAUUGGUAAGCAAUUUGUUGCAAACCCAGCAGCGUUCGAGACCCAUUACGAAGCUGGCGAGAUUGUCAAACUGAUCAUCAAGUGCUACAAGUUUGUGACGUAUCAUGAUUUACCAGAGCCUCUUCAGCAGCAGGACUUUUCACUUGAAUGGAUUACCUUCCAUGUGGACGUGAUCAACAUGAAUUUGCCUCCAACCGUCAUGGACCUGGAAGAAGAUGACCAAUCGUUAAGUCCGUGGGUCAAGAGCCAAAAGUGGGCCUAUGCUAACCUGUACAGACUGUUUCAGCGUUAUGGAUCCAAGAGUUUGUCAAGCAGAUACGAAUACACAGAGUUCAGAGAUUUGUUUGCUCACAGCGUUGUUCCUGGCCUUUUAGAAGUCUACUUCAAACGACUGCAGGAAUGGAGACAUCAAAAAAUAUGGCUCAGCGAUGCGUCGCUUUAUCAAAUCAUUUCGUUCCUGGAACAGUGUGUGGUGCAGAAGGGAUGUUUCCCGCUCCUCGAGCCACAUAUCAGAGAAAUCAUCUCAGAGGUGGCCUUUCCGCUGCUCUGUCCAACCGAUGAAGUUCUUGAUAUGUUUGAAAACGAUCCUAACGAGUACAUCCAUAUGAUCUUGGACAUGUACGAAGAGACCAGCUCUCCGCAAAUGGCCGUUUUGUCUUUGAUCUACACUAUGGUCGAGAAAAGAUCCAAGGUUGCGCUGGAACCUAUUCUACAGUUUGCUUAUGAGAAACUAGCCUCUUUUGCCAAUGUGCCAGAGACUUUGGAGAUUGCCAAGCAGAAAGAGUCUGCACUGCGUAUAGUGGGCCAAAUCUCGAGCAAGCUGACGGCAACAAAAUCGCUAGCAGACCAGGUGGAGCCGUUUGUGGCCAGCUUUGUGCUGCCAAAUUUCCAGUCCCAGUUUCCAUUUUUGAGGGCACGUACUUGCAAUGUGUCUGCCAAGUUUGACAGUCUCAAAUUCCAGAACGAAAACAACCUCACUGUCUUGUUCAAUGGUGUCCUUUCGUGUUUCAAGGAGGACAGUAAUUUGCCUGUCCAGCUGGAGGCAGCCUUGGCUAUUCAAGCGUUCAUCUCGUUUGAGCAAUUCAAGGAAGCUCUGGGUUCCAUCAUCGUGGAGACCAUGGAAAAGUUGUUGGAAUUGUCCAACAAAGUGGACAUUGAUGCCGUUUCUGCUGUCAUCCAGGAGUGUGUGGAGUGCUACUCUGCUCAAUUGCAGCCGUUUGGUGCCAACCUGAUGGCCAGGUUGAGCGAACAGCUCCUCCGUCUUCUCACCGAAAUUAACGACUUAUCGAACAGCGGGCCGGACAAUUUGGACCACGAUGACCUCACAGACAAACACAUGGCAGCCUUGGGAGUCUUCAAUACAAUGGUGACUGUUCUACUUUACUUCGAAAGCUCUCAGGACAUGAUCGCCGGCUUGGAGCAGAGCUACGCUCCAAUUAUUCAGUACACGUUCGAAAAAGAGCUGGACGAUUUCUAUGCUGAGGCCGCAGAACUUAUUGAGAACACUUUAUUCCUAACCCGCGCGGUUUCUCCAGCAAUGUGGUCUUUGUUCGAAAGCAUGGUCACUGCCGUGAUGAAGAACGACUUGGGAAUGUUUCUGGACGACAUUACUCCAGCACUUAAAAACUACCUGGUCUACGGCGGUGCUGUGUUCAGAGAAAACAAGCAGUAUCAGGAUGCCCUGGCUCAGCUUAUUCUCCAGAUUCUGGGCUCAGAGGAUCCAGACGCCAACGAGAUCUAUGAUGUUGCCGAUCUGGGUGCCACUUUUGCGCUCACCCUCGACAAGGCCUCUGUUGAGCCUUAUAGUCCGCAACUGGUGCGAUCUACUCUCGGGGUGUUAUCGCACAAUGAUACUGCACAUUCUUCCGACAGUCUGAAGAUCACAGUGUUGGGAGUGGUGGUUGCGGUGCUGGUGGUGCAUCCGAAGGCCUGUCUGCAAGUUCUGAUGGAAUGCCACGCCCUGGAGUCUUUUAUGAUGACCUGGUUCAAGCUGGCUCCCUCGAUGAAACGCGUGUUCGAUCUGAAGCUGAGCGUAUUGGGGCUUCUUUCCCUUUUGAGCGUGGACUACGAGGCGCUAAAACAGCUGCAGUUGGAAGAAUUAGUUUCCGCUGUGGGAAGCACUCUGGCAGAUCACUUUGCAAAACUACCGGCUGCCAUUAACGACUUGCAAAAAAAACGUGCCGAUUUCAACGCCGAAGAGCAAUUCGUCGAAGAUCAGUUUGCACCACCGGUGUUCAACGACGAAGCAGAGGACGCGGACGAUGACGACCUUGCCGACUACGUUCUAGAAAAUAUGGGCCGCGAUUCGGAUCUGCUGCGUGUGGAAGACGAGUACGAGGAAGAUCCGUUUUCGAACACGGUGCUGGACAACGUCAACGUGUUCCGGGCAUUCAAAGAGAGUUUCACGCAGGUGCAAGGUGACCCGGAGAAAUACACAAAACUGGUUGCACGCCUAACAAACGAAGAACUACAGACGCUACAGAAUAUAGUAAACAUUUCACAAUAG